AUGAGAGAACUAAAGUUUCAUGAGCAGAAGCUCCUAAAGAAGGUUAACUUUGUACAUUGGAAGAAAGAGAAAACAAAAGACUUGGCCGAUAUAAAGAAGUUUGGUCUGUCUGGCAAAGAGGAAUAUGAAGCAUAUACAAAGUUGGUACACUCAAUACAAAAGAUUAUACAUAUGAUAUCAACGUUGGACGAGAAGGAUCCAGUCAGGAAGAAGGUCACUGAUGAUCUCUGCGAUAAGCUCUAUGAUAUGGGUGUGAUUGAUACAAAGUCAACUGCUUCAUUGAUAACAAUCGGACAGGCUGCAUUCUGCAGGCGAAGAGUGUCUGUACUUUUGGUCCGUUUAAAGUUUGCUCAGAACCUUACACAUGCUAAUACAUUGGUACAACAUGGUCAUAUGAGGAUUGGACCAGAGAUUGUUAGCGAUCCAGCGAUGUUGAUCACAAGAAAGCUACAGGAUUUGUUGACUUGGGCUGAUGGAUCAUCGAUGAGAAAGAAGGUCAUGGAGUACAACGACGAACUGGACGAUUACGAGCUGCUUCAAUAA